ACUGCUCAUGAGACGAUGUCAAUCUUUCAGGAUCUGCUUCGAAAUUGGUGGCUCAGAAGUCGGAGAUCCUGCAGACAUUUCCUGAAAUUAAGAUCGAGAAAUAAAAGCGCAUUUUGGCAUGAACAUCGGGCGGAACCGCGUCUCCACCCCGCCGUGUGUGAACAAAUAAAUCAGGUUCGUCCACCCCGCGACGCAGAUGUCGCAUCUGUUCUACAAUCCAGCUUCAGCAGGAGCGGGAGACGCGUUUGUGCUCAGAGAAGACAGUUCCACCGAGUUGGUCUCUGUGGCUGUCUGCUCGUUUGGCAACAUGUUUUUCUCGGUUUGCCGACGUGGUUUCGUCCAUUCGAUGUUUCCGGCCCGAGGAAUGAAUACGAACAUGGCACCACUGAAUCAGAAACAUGUUCGGCAACGAGACAAAACUCGACAUCUGAUUGCAGAUGCCGUGGUGCCGGCACGAGAAAAGCUGCAGCUACAACAACUCCCGAAGCAGGGCAGAAUAGAGGUCGUCCGAGCUGCUCGAGGGAAAGCAGCGCCAGUGCUCUUCUUGAGACGGGGGACAAGGUCACGAAACAGUGCGAUUCACACACCAGCACCAGGAGGGUCCAGACCACAGCAGCCUUCGCACUUGCACAGAGUGUCGUCGAGCCGUCGCAGUCCCUACCCCCUAGUACAGCGGAAGACUUAUCUUCGCAAAACCUUCUUGACGACAGGAAAACCGACACGCCGAAAUACCAGCACAAUAUUCCGAAGGUCUUUCUGCAGAUCUCCCCCUCCUCGGAGGGAUACAUCUACAAAUACCACGUGAAGCGCCGGCUCUCCAAAGACUGGAAGUACGUCCACUGGAACGACCGGAAAUGCCUAGAAUUUAUUGUCAAAACCCCGGUCCCCGGGCUCUUCGAAAACGCGCGCAAGGAGGCGAGUUUGCUGGACUUCCCGUCGAUGGAGGAAAAGUACGGCGUUGCCGGCGUGAACGACUACAAAGCCAGUCGGCUGUAUCAGCUCGUGCAGUUUUUCUUGCGGGAAAAAUUCAUUCAGGGAGCGCAUGGGGCCGACUUCUGCCGGAUGUACUUCUUGUACAUACUAUCCACACGAAAUCAUGCACUGUACACUUACACCAAAUGCUAGCUAAGUUGAGUGCUGUAGUAUCACAAAAUUUUUCUAAAUCACAUUCGGCAUGAGGAGGUGAGGUUGCGCCAUUAGGUAGGGAGGUCUUGACAAAAUUUUGAUUGCGUGCUGUGUCUGUGCGGUGAAUUUGGAUUUUUGCAAUUGCACACAUACACGGCGGGGUUUACAUGGACGUGGACAUGAUGCUGUACAAAAAUAUUGAUGAACUCAUUGCCGCUAGUUCUUCAAUAUCCUGUGCAAAAGUAUCGCACUCGUACUAAUUGCAAACAUGCACGACAAAUCUUCUUCCCAAGGUAAAACAGCAUUACAAAUUCGACUUCUCUUCUUGCCAAACUUUGUGAUGCAAUCUAUACUAGUACGAUACUUUUGCAAUGCAUAUUCAACAUCCACGAACUCGGGGAACCAGCACUCACCAGAAGCAGCAGAACGACCUGCCCCGCCGCCGGCGCCCCCGUCCCUCGUAGUUCUGGACGCCUACCGACCGAACAACCGACUGACCGACAACUUGUUUCGUCCAGCAGGAGUGAUGAAGAAGAAAAUGCUGGCAAAUUAUGACGAGUCUGGUGCAACGUCCGCUUCGGAUCAUGUUGAAUCAAACGAUUUGCUUUCCGCUUCCAAAACUACACGACCAGAUGCCGUGAUCAGCAAGCAAGAAACGGAAUACACCGGUGUCCAGAAGAUUUUCUCCAAGGUAUACGAGAAAAGCUUGCGGGCAAAAAUAAAAGCGCAAGUGGCUCCUGGCGCGGACGUGGUCCUCUCCGAUGAAGACUCAGGCGAAAGAAUAGAAACUGUAGAGACGUCAGAUACAACUUCUACGGCACCAGGUGGUCCAGCAGUUAUACACCGUGCAGCAACCUCCACAAGAGGAAGAUCAACCGCCGGCGAAUCCGAUGUAGGUGUAGAUCAUGAGAUGACGACGUAUUCCAACCUGGCGCGGUCGCUUUUCGAGAUCAAAGUGGAAGACUGCGAAAAGAAUCAGCAAACCAGUUUCCUCGCUUUCAAGCCCUUCUUUCCGCCCUUGUUUUGGCUGUAUUUCCGGAAGCUAUUGGUCGAAUUUCUGAACGAGAACCCGGAGGAAGAGGUUUUGUUCUGUCUCCCACAGGCGAUUCUGGAAAGGAUGAGACGAGACGGGGUUAGUUACCACGAAAACCACUUUUACGGCAGUAAUACCAACUAUGAGGAGGAGGGGGAGGCGGAAGCGCAAGAGAAACAAGACGAGCCUACUGCUACUGGUACUUCAAGGAUAUUGGCAGAUGAUGACCAAGACCCUCUGCUUCCAGAUGGGACCUCGUCCGCGCCGCUUGACAUGAGUCGAAUAUCCCACCUGUAUGGCGGCCAGGGCAACAUAGUGAAACUGCGGAUGUCCUUCGGUUUGCAAGGCGACAGAGAUGCGGACUUACCGGACCGAGACUUCUUCAAAAAACACCUGCCCUGCACGGCGGAAAAGACGAACGGAUUCAACAUGACGGGAUUGACGGGAUUUUGCCGGAACAACGAGGAUCUUCACAGUACCAGACCGACUGCUUCUGCAGAAGACGGCGCACUAUUACGACAAGACGAGGAACUACAGCAAGAAACGAAUACACGCAAGAAUCCCCCAGCAGAGAAUAACCCCGAUUUCAACGUGAAGCGCAAUCGUUUUUUGUCUGUUUCAACCAGGACAAGCAGCUCGCUGAUGCGACGGAACGCCACGAGACAUCAAGGCCGCAGCUCGACAUUAUCAUCUUCGCAGCCUGCCGCUGCAGAGCUGCAAACCUUCACGACCACGUCGAUUUUCGAAAGUCCCUUGUGGCGGCGGAAUUUUCCCGACGUGACCAACGCGACGCUGAUUGACCUGGGCUUCAUCGCCGUUGUCCCAAGACACCCCGUGAUUCUGGAAGUUUUGCAAGACCUGUACCGCACGCGGAGAUCGGUGUUAGAAGAUGUAUGGGACGACGUGUGCACACACAACCUGUUCUUCAUGUCCCUCGUUCUCUAGCUCUAUGUGUACGUCUACGACUACGUUCGGACACGCAGGGAGGAUCAGCAAUAAAGCUGGCACUACAGUGAUAUCAAGAACUAGCUGGCCUAGGCUUUGUAUGAGAAAUCCAAACGCACGAAUCUUAGUGUCGCCUGCGGUGCUGCAAAAGCUUGGUCUUGGCAACAUGCAAGGAGGUUUAGUGUUGAGAUAUGUUGGUAAUGGCUGCGCCACUUGCGUCCCUCCAUGAGAAAUGAAGGAUAGGAACGGGACGUCGAGUUGUGCACUCUCAUAUGGUCCGUCGAAGAAUUACUGGGUAUUCUGCACGAGAAUGUGGCACAGCGUGCAGAAAUUUCAGAGGAUGACGGCUUUGGCUGCGUUGCCGCGCAGCAACAGCAAUGGCGGAUUGAUGGAGAUCACAUCGCAUGAGCAGGACAACCGGACGCUACAGACUUCCCUUCCGCGUGUAACUCCAGCAGCACGAGAAGAAAACCGUCAUCUGCACCUCCCACAAGCUUGGCACGAAGAGGAGAUGCUGGACCAAGAUUCGGAUAUUCCGUGAAAAUUAACCAACAACUCCGUUCAAUUUGUCAUGCAAAACAUUGAUUAGUGUAACCUCAAGUCUUAGUUUUGUCAUGCGAAAACUGGAUGGAACAAACGGAAGAAAUUUUCAGUGAAUAUCGGAGUUGGAUUUGAAAUACACCCGACGGAACAAUUAUGUCGUCGACGAUGUGCCAGUGUAUCUGUUGAACCUUCGUUUCAAGAACCUGAACAAAAUCGACUACAUUUUCAACCCUCAGUGGGCAACCGUGCCCGACCUGGCCGUGAUACCGGAGAAGCGAAAGUCGACACUGAUCACCAACGCGUUGUCCAUUGAGGAAAUGAAGGAGCGCCAGGAGCGGGCACGGGAACUGCAGAGACUGGAGGAAGAGGAACAAAACCAAAACGCGGCGAAGCAAAGCCGUUCCUCUAGCGCUGGUGCAGCGGGGGAAAGACUCGUAGAGCCUCUAGAUGUGGACGAUGAAGAAACUACCCUGGCUGCUUACCAGGCAGGUGAAAGAAAAACCAGCAUCGGCAGUGCGAUGCGGAAGAUGUUGCGAGCCGCUUCACCUCUACUGACCUCUAGUACCAGUGACGCUAAUGAUCUACCAUUGCAUCUGCUCCGAGCUACUACGGGCGACAACAUCCCAGACCACGUUCCCUCACACCAGCAUGACAUUCUGUCCUACAGCCAGCAUUUAGAGCAGCUGAAGCGCGUCUACGGCCCGGCGUCCGCGGUGAGCAUCAAGGUGCUCAAGAUGCGCGAGGUGAAUACUGUGAACUGCGGUAGUGAGGUGCUGAGUCCGACGAUUGGGGCAAUUUUCGGUAGGAAUUGCAACACGUAUUUUGUCGAACAAGAAGAUGACGACCUUGAUGACCCUCGAUCAGAACAAAUAAAUGGUCGCGAUGACGAGGCUCCCGUGCGCCAAGUAGGCGUCAAGAAGACGGAAGUCGCUGUGCUGAAGCAUUUCCACCGCACGAAAGUCCUUCCCGAGCAUGAGCUGAAACUUCCGGUUACGGAUGUUUUUGCCUAUCCGUGGACCAAUCGGUCCUUGUUUGAGAGGGAAACCACACUGUUGCAUGGAUAAACUAUUUCUACUAGAUGUGGUCGUCAGAGGGGAGGCGAUAGAAGCACCAUAUUUUGCACCUGUGUGCAAGGUUUGUCGUUGAAAUAUACCAGCAAGAGAGUAAUUACGCAUCCAUUUGGAGGUUCUCGUCGUGGUGGAGCCUGCGAGUACUCUAGUGAAAGCAAUGGAACAGCAGCCGACAGGGCACAAAAAACCGCAAUAAUGUGUCCCUGUUGGUGUCAAAUUUCUUUGUUUAUCCGUAUCAAUCAUAAU